AGCAAGCAGUCAGUUUGAGCUGGGGUAUCCAAAGAAACAGCUACAGUAGAAGCAGGUUCAAUGCUAAAUCUCUCUGCUGCCUCUCUCUCUCUCUCUCAGCCUCCUCUCAGAACUUGCCUGAUUUUUACCUUUUUGCCAAGGGGGUGUGUAAGGGGACUGUUGCAAGCAUUUGGAACAGCAUCAAUAAGUUAUGGUAGUCUAUUGGAUUUUCAGGUUUUUUCUUUUCUUUACCAAGACUUGGACAAAUACAGUAUUACGUGUGUUAGUUAAAAAAUUGGCAACUAGGCAACAACUUCAAUUGACUCCAUUACUGCCUCCAUAUCUUUCCAGCCUGUGCAUUUCCAAAGCUGGUGUUACUGAAUUGAACACGAUGUCAGCAUAUAACCCUGAAGAGGAUGUCAAUCUUUACACUCCUCCCACAACAGUACGUGGAAUUACUGAGCUGAACAGAGAUUUAUUUAGAAAGAAUGUAGCUCUUCCAGCUCUGAAGGUGAAAAAGGACGUAGUGAACAAAGUCACAAAAUCCUUGAAAAAUUCCACGCUCAAAAGACCUGGGCUAAAGCGAGUUGUUGAAGACUCUAAAGAUGAAAUGUAUAGGUUUAUUUUGUUGGACCCAUGUAGAAUAUCAUGCAUGGAAUCUUUUGAGAUUUCUGAGAAGGCUGUUCUAAAAGAGUAUAAUGUUGAUCUUCAGAUUCACAUGUAUCAUUUAGAAAUGACUUAUGAACAUUUCAAACCUGAAGAGAUUCUGAAGGCAGUUUUGCCUGAAGGGCAGGAUGUAACCUCUGGAUUUAGUAGAGUCGGCCAUAUUGUUCACAUGAACCUUCGUGAUCAUCAGCUUCCAUACAAGUAUUUGAUUGGCCAAGUUAUAAUGGAUAAGAAUCCUGGAGUAACUUCAGUGGUUAAUAAAACCAAUAUUAUUGACAACACUUACCGUAAUUUUCAGAUGGAAGUACUAGCUGGGGAAGACAAUAUGAUAGCAAAGGUCAAAGAGAACAAUAUAACAUAUGAAUUUGAUUUUUCUAAAGUCUAUUGGAAUCCACGGCUCAGUACAGAACAUAGUCGAAUAGUUGGUCUCCUGAACUCUGGAGAUCUAGUGUAUGACAUGUUUGCUGGUGUUGGGCCUUUUGCUAUUCCAGCAGCAAAGAAAAACUGCAGAGUCAUGGCAAAUGAUCUGAACCCAGAAUCAUAUAAGUGGCUAGUCCACAACUGUAAGCUGAACAAAGUCGACAAUAAAGUACAGUCAUUCAAUAUGGAUGGCAGGGACUUUUUAUUAGGUCCUGUUAAAAAGGAUUUUAUAAAACAAAUUGAAAUACUUUCAUCAAAGGAGAACAAAACCUCUAUUCACAUAAUUAUGAAUCUACCUGGUUUGGCUAUUGAGUUCUUGGAUGUCUUCAGACAACUCUUUGAGAAGCAAAACUUAGUUGACGCUUUACCCACAGUCCACUGCUAUAGUUUUUCUAAGUCUAAUGAACCUGCCAAAGAUAUUCAGAGAAGAGCCGAGGAUUUCCUAGGAACAUCCUUAGAGGGACGGUGCUCUAUCCAUUUGGUUCGGAAUGUGGCUCCAAACAAGGAAAUGAUGUGUAUAAGUUUUAAAGUUCCUGCUGAGGUGCUAUGCAAAAAUUACUUGGCAGAAAGAGACAAUACUGAAGAACCAGCUCCAAAACGUCUACGGCCAGAUGAGGUUACUGCCUCAGAAGGACCACAGUGACUUGUGAUAAAUGAGCAACAUCAUUUUUAGCAGUUAAGAAACCGAAUACAGUGCAAUUUAAUUACCAGUCAGUAAAAGGAAUCUCAGAAUGUUUGCAUCAUUUCCUGGACUCCAUACUCCUGGUCAUGAUUUGCUUCUAUAAACAGCCAGUGAUUUGUUAUAAUGGGUAAUGAAGCCCUCUCAAGGGUUCACUUUUUUCAUGCUCACUAGGAUAGUUUUUCCAUUGAGCAUAUUGAAUUCUAUCAUGUUAAUAAGUAACCAAAGGGAAAUUCUGCCUUCAACACCACCAUCAGAACUGCAAAAAUAUAUAUUUUAAAAAUGUAUUGUACAUUAAUCAUUAUUAUUUUUUGGAAUUGAAAUAGUUCGAAUUAUGUUUUGCACAGCAGAGAACAUUUCAGUCGGUUUGAGAAUAGAUGGCUUCAAUCCAACUGCAGUAAAAUCAUUUGUAUUUGUCAUGAACAUAUUUUUUUCAGCUCUAUGUCUCAUGAAUAGGCAUUCAUUUUACGAGAGAAAUGAAGCAAUUGUUAUUUUGUUGAAACACUGUACAAAUUAAGUGUAUUUUAAUUUUGUUAAUUUUAACUCAUUUAAGUAAAAUGUUCUGAGAUUGUUCAGAAUGGAAUGCUAGUUCCUUCUGCACUUUUAUACAUUUGAUUCAUUAUCAUUACACAGUGGUAAAUCUACUCAGGUGUAAUAAUGACGUUGAUACGGUCUUUUCUUUUAUAUAUCAAAGAUAAUGAAAGCCAGUCAGAUAAUUGUUUAGUAUCAUCAGAGGUAAUGAAAUAGGAUGAGAGUAAAGUACUUUGAAGUUGUACAAUGCAGUCACAAAUCUAUUUUGUUGGGUUCUUUAAAUUAACGUAUCCCUACAUUUCCUGUUAUGAAAUAAUUCAUAUUUUUAAUAAAAAUCUGAAUGAAUCUAAGUAGACAAGAGCCUUGUGAAUAGGCUGUAGCUAAUUAGACAGGUUUGGUUUAUUUUUUAAUACAGAAUUAUUUGCUAAUUAAUGUAAACAAUAUUGAUAAGGAAUGGAAUAUAUUUUUGCUUGAAAAGCAAAAUAAUGUUGAUGCCAGAAAGCUGAAAUAAAAACAAGAGUCUGCUGGGAAUACUCAGCAAUCUGGCAACAUUUGUAUGUAGAGAAAAAGAGUUAACACUUCAGGUCUGUGACCUGUUCUCAUAUAUUUCUGUUCUUGGGUCAAUAUCAGGCAUCAUAAUGAGAAAUGCCUUGAUUAGCUCCACAAGUAUUUUCUUCUUUAUUGCCUGAAAACUGCUCAGGAAACUCUCUCCAAAACGCCAAUACAGGCAGUGUGUGACAUUUAUUAUACAUAUCAAACACUUUUGUGAGUGUCAUUCUUGACUCCUGUCUCUUUUUAAAUGUCAUUGCAAGCAACUGUUAUAUUAUGAAUGAUACAUUUAAUAGAGGUUUUAGGGAUGUCUCACUUAAAGUUCAUAUUUCUGUGCUACACUUGAAAGAGAAAUAAUUUUUAAAGGAUCCUUUCAGGACCCAAGCCAGGAUAUAUGCAGACACUUAUUAAUAACCCUAUCCUGUUUUUUACUCGAUAAUUCUUAGUUGACCCUUCUGUAAAUCAAACUGCAGCAGACAGAAGAUGAUUUACCCUUAAAACAAUGCGCACACUUCAAAUGUCAUACAGGUGUGCAUCCUCUGGUUUAGAUUGCAUAGCACAGUGGCGUGGAGAAAGGUCAGGAGUGUGGCAGCAUUCACAUUAUGGUUAUCAACCCUGUUGAUAAUGUGGGGACCUUCUCGAAUUAUUGAUCCGUUACGACCCUAGAAAAAAACACUUUGUAUUUGUGGUUUCAACUUCAGUUGUUUCCAAGUGACAGCUUUCUGAAAAAUAUUGUGUGAAAGGGCAAAAUAUUCAAGUUGUCUGCCAGUAAAGCUAAAAGGGCUGCUCUGGACUUUGUUUUUAUUAUUUUUACUGAGCAGUUAAAAGUAAUUAAAUACCAGUAGUUUAUGCUAUGUGUUGUGAGGCAUUCAGCAUUCUUAGAUUGACAUUAAUUGCUGUAGCAGUUGUCACUUUUGCACAUUACAGAAAAAUAUUCAAUAUUUUUCAAAAUACAGCUUUCUAACUUCACUGAAUCCUGGUUCAGAUAGUGAUUUUUAUUCCUUCAUGAUUUUAAAUUUAAAUUUCAGCUUUGAAAUACGUUCUUUUUGGUUUUUUGAAGGUUUUGUACGUGAAUAGAAUUCUUGGUAAUCAGCUCCCUAAGAAGCUUCAUUCUGUACAUCUGUUACUUCAUUCCGUGACCAUCAAACCUUUCCCUUUGAUUAAACUCUGGUCUAUUGGUUGGGUGCAUUUUAGCCCUUACUUCGAUUGCCCAUUCUCCUAUCAUACCUGCUUAUCACUUUCUUCACUGAGCACAGAAUCUUUUUUUUCUCAAAUUUAGCUUCCUGCUUUCUGGACUUUUCUGGACAUCAAGAUUAUACUUUUGCACGGGACUACACUGGGAGUACACCAUAAGUUUCAGUCGCUAUGCAUCUGACCUGCUGUUUAAAUUUAGAAGUAAUUUGGGUCUAUUCGCAGACCAUUCCAAACUACUGUUGUUCCCUACUGACUCUAUGACCGGUCUACUGGUUUUUCAGCUUCAGCUACGGUAUGAUUCCUGACUCGAGUCGUAAAGGGCGAAAGGACAUUACAUAGAGUUAUAGAGAUGUUCAGCAUGGAAACAGACCCUUUGGUCUAAUUUGUCCAUGCC